AUGGAAUCUGGGAGAAGGGGAUGGAAUCUGGGAGAAGGGGAUGGAAUCUGGGAGAAGGUGAUGGAAUCUGGCAGAAGGGGAUGGAAUCCGGGAGAAGGGGAUGGAAUCUGGGAGAAGGGGAUGGAUUCGGGAGAAGGGGAUGGAAUCUGGGAGAAGGGGAUGGAAUCUGGGAGAAGGGGAUGGAAUCUGGGAGAAGGGGAUGGAAUCAGGGAGAAGGGGAUGGAAUCAGGGAGAAGGGGAUGGAAUCUGGGAGAAGGGGGUGGAAUCAGGGAGAAGGGGAUGGAAUCCAAUCUGGGAGAAGGGGAUGGAAUCAGGGAGAAGGGGAUGGAAUCUGGGAGAAGUGGAUGGAAUCUGGGAGAAGGGAAUGGAAUCUCGGAGAAGGGGAUAGAAUCUGGGAGAAGGGGAUGGAAUAUGGGAGAAGGGGAUGGAAUCUGGGAGAAGGGGAUGGAAUCUGGGAGAAGGGGAUGGAAUCUGGGAAAAGGGCAUGGAAUCAGGGAGAAGGGGAUGGAAUCUGGGAGAAGGGGAUGGAAUCUAGGAGAAGGGGGUGGAAUCUGGGAGAAGGGGAUGGAAUCUGGGAGAAGGGGAUGGAAUCUGGGAAAAGGGGAUGGAAUCAGGGAGAAGGGGAUGGAAUCUGGGAGAAGGGGAUGGAAUCUGGGAGAAGGGGGUGGAAUCUGGGAGAAGGGGAUGGAAUCUGGGAGAAGGGGAUGGAAUCAGGGAGAAGGGGAUGGAAUCUGGGAGAAGGGGAUGGAAUCUGGGAGAAGGGGAUGGAAUCUCGAAGAAGGGGAUAGAAUCUGGGAGAAGGGGAUGGAAUCUGGGAGAAGGGGGUGGAAUCUGGAAGAAGGGGAUGGAAUCUGGGAGAAGGGGAUGGAAUCAGGGAGAAGGGGAUGGAAUCUGGGAGAAGGGGAUGGAAUCAGGGAGAAGGGAAUGGAGUCCGGGAGAAGGGGAUGGAAUCUGGGAGAAGGGGGUGGAAUCAGGGAGAAGGGGAUGGAAUCCGUGAGAAGGGGAUGGAAUCUGGGAGAAGGGGAUGGAAUCCGGGAGAAGGGGAUAAAAUCUGGGAGAAGGGGAUGGAAUCUGGGAGAAGGGGAUGGAAUCUGGGAAAAGGGGAUGGAAUCAGGGAGAAGGGGAUGGAAUCUGGGAGAAGGGGAUGGAAUCUGGGAGAAGGGGGAGGAAUCUGGGAGAAGGGGAUAG